GUCGUCCUAGUUCGACGCUGGUUAGGAAGGGUUAACAGACUCCCCAAACAAGAUGAAAUUUUUCGCUGUCCUACUUUUCUGCGUUGCCUCCAUUUGGGCUAAGCAAAUUCCUGCUAUGAUGAAAAAAAGCACAGGAGUGCGUAUUAUUGGUGGAAAUACCGCCAAUGCCGGCCAAUUUCCAUUCAUGGCGGCUAUUAAUGUCCAAACAGGAACUAGCACAUUUUUCUGUGGUGGAGCUUUGAUCAGCAAUGAGUGGAUUUUAACAUCUGCUCAUUGUGUUUAUAAUGCUAUCACUCUCACUAUUCGUUUGGGGUCCAUCAAGCUAACCGGAAGUGAUCCAAAUCGCGUAACUCUAGCCACUUCCCACGUGGUUCCACACCCUGAUUUCGACCCCACCACUUCCAAAAACGACAUCGGACUUAUCAAACUUCGAUUACCAGUUGAACUCACCGACUAUAUCCAACCCAUCGCUUUACCAUCUGGUAAAUUGGCCAAUUCUGCCAACCCCACGGCUCUUGGAUGGGGACAGACCACCGAUGAGGACUCUGAAUUGGCUCCUGAACUUCAGUAUGUUGGCUUGGCUGUUAUUUCAAACGAGGAAUGCAAAUUGACUUUCGGAAGUCAAAUCACCGAGGAAAUGGUUUGUGUUGAUGGCAAUUAUAAUCAGGGAACAUGUCUUGGGGACACCGGUAGUCCUUUGGUCGUGCGCUUGAUUGGUGGAACGUAUUUGCAACAUCAUGGAGUUGCUAGCUUCUACAGCGGAAACGGAUGUGAAAGUACGGAUCCUUCAGGAUUCACGAGAACUUACGCUUACUUAGAUUGGAUCAAGAAUGUAACACAGAUUUAGAUAAUUUUUUUAACAAUAAAAAAUUAAGAUAU